CAGUACUCGAGUACAGUCUAGGACAACCUCAGGAAUCAGGAUGAGGUGCUGUCCACGUGAUCCGGAUACGGCGCUAGUACGGAAUGGCUCGGGCUUGGGCUCCAUUUUCCAAUCCAAGCCCAAGGCCCCUCCGGUAUCGACAAACCAAUUCGCAACCCUACAACAACCUUUAAUCUACCACCAAAUCCCCUACGUACGAUCAAUUCCGCAGCCAAGCUAUGAGUCGAGGCGGUAAACUUGCACCCGAGGUCAAUCGGUACGUAAAAACGCGACGCGAUCCGGGCGGCAUUGGAUAGCCGCGAUAGGACGCAAACAGAAGCUAACUUUGUGUCAACCUGCCAGAAUACUGUUCGUCAAGAAUCUAAGGUCCGUCAACAUCAACUACUUGGAAGCUACGAGGAUGAGGGCCGCAGACGGCAGAUGGUAUGAGACGUCAUGCUAACCAGCAACAGCUACAACGUCACUCCAGAGGAGCUCUUCGAUCUCUUCGGAAAGUUUGGUCCCAUCCGGUAUGCGACAACAUUUAUCCCAACAUCGUUCGAGCUUGACUAACUUCUUCAGCCAAAUCCGUCAAGGCAUCGCCAACAACACAAAAGGUACUUCAUAUGUCGUAUUCGAGGACGUAAUGGAUGCAAAGCAGGCUUGCGAUAAGUUGAACGGAUUCAACUUCCAGAAUCGCUAUCUCGUUGGUAGGUUUUCGAUCCGAAUUCUCCAAGAUGACAUUCGCUGAUGCCCUCUAGUUCUCUACCACCAACCAGACAAGAUGGUACGAUCGAAAGAGGACUUGGAAUCCCGCAAGGACAAUUUAGAGCAGCUCAAGAAACAGCACGGUAUCGAAUAACAAAUAGACGGGCCUGCGGAAAUCACUGGAAGGGUAUCACCGAUACGAAAUACUCCUUCUCAAACAACAAGCAGCAAACGAAAGGCUCCUGUGGGCCCGUCAAUAUCUACGUCGUCUUCUGGUCGAAAGGGCAGUGUGCUAUCUACGGAACGGCGUCAAAAUACUCCAACUUCUUCGAAUGUCGGAGGCACAUCAUUCUUUGCUUUUAUGCGUGGACUAGUAUCCAAGGGGCGUUGAUGGUAUAACCCGGAUUGUUCUUCUUUUCUGUGAAUAGGUAUGGCUAUGGUAAAUUGAAGGCUAAGAGCCUAUUGCUUUCUCCACUUGGUCGGUGCUGGACAGGAAUGGACCGGAUCGGGCUAAGUUGGCUUGCCUUACUUUAAGGCUCUUCUUCUACGUUGACCUUUGGUGAUUAUACCUUGAUUUGAUACGAAAUUGAUAUUCACCGCAGCUCUGAGCGCGGCUACACUAUAAUCUUUGACCUUCUGUAGCGUACUGUAAUCUUACCGUAUCGAAGUCCCA